AUGAGGAAGUGCAGUCCCUGGGCGUUUCUCCCUAUCAUGUACUCUCUCUUCACAGCCGCUGGACUCUGGGUUGUGUAUUUUAUAGCUGUUGAAGAUGAGAAGAUAACACCCCUGAGUUCAGAAUACAAGCGAUCUGGAACUAAAUCCCCUCCAUAUAUAAGCAUUGCAGGCAAUGCUCCCCCGGCCAGCUGUGUUUUUAGCCAGGUCAUGAACCUGGCUGCCUUCGUAGGGUUCAUCAUUGGUGUCCUCAGAUACCUGCAGCUGAAGCCCCGGGUCCAUAAACCCUGGCUCAAUAUUGGCAGUCUGGUGGCCCUGUCCCUGGCCUGCUUCGGCAUGACCUUGGUGGGAAACUUCCAGCUGUCAAAUGACGAGGAGCUCCACAACAUUGGGACGUCCAUGACGUUUGGCCUGGGGACGUUGUUCUGCUGGGUGCAAUCUGUCAUCACCCUGAAGGUCAACCUGAAGAACGAGGGCCGGAGGGCGGGCAUCCCACGCUUCCUACUGUCAGGGGCUGUCACCGCCUGCAUGCUGCUCUACUUUGCUCUGAUGGCGCAACGUCUUCACAUGCACGCAGCGCGGGCGCAAUGGGCGCUAGUCAUGUUCUUCCUGGGCUUCCUUGCCACCUUUGCCAUCGAGUUCAGACACUACCACUUCGAGAUUGUCUGCACCGACGACCGCGAUCCGCCUCUUAGCCUGUCAGAAACCUUCUCCGAGGUGUCAGAGUACCAGUCGGACCAGCUAUAGGGCGGUUCCAGAGGACAGAACCAGCUAUAGAGCUUUGGUGUACUACAAAACAGUUAGGUUGCCUGUCGUUGUCAGUUGGGGGUAAUUUACAAAUGAACAUGAUAUUUGUAAGGGUCAAGGGCUCCAGUUUGUCUCUUGUUAGUUACUGAAGAAGAGUUAGUCAAACACUACUGCAUGUCUGCCUGUUUGAACACAAUAAGCUGUGAACGACUGUCUUUCUAGUACUACUGUACCUUGAGGUGAUCUUUCAAAAGCAACAAACUCUUUCCAUGAGCACAAAGAAGGCAUCAUUACCUUUGUCAUCUCAUCAACAGUAAAAGGGAUGUUCGCUAAAAGUUGCUAAAUGGUUUAAUUGAAGAUGGAUGUGCAUGAAGAUGGCUGUUUAUUAUGUAGCUGAGUUGUAGAAGGAUAGAUAACUCAUAUCUCAGAUUGAUAGUGACACUACCCCACUGACCUUCCUUUCAAAUGAAUGCAGCCAAAUCCCUAAUAGAAUGUGUGAUGGGAGUCAUCACCACUCCCAUUUUGAGUCUUCUCAUUCUACCGACAGAGGUGUUCUGCUGCGUUCUCUAUUUCCUGUCCGUCUUGUCUACCUCCCUCUAUUUUCAACCUGAAUUAAGACAGACAACAGUUUGUGAUGAAGCCAAUCUCAGCUUCUCUGUGAAGAUGAGUAGUACAGUAGUAUUAUCAUCCAGGUACAAUGAUGCCAUUUUGAACCAUAUCGCUGUUGCACCCAUUAACCACAAGUCAUGGGAACCCUUUUCAGUGUUCUCUCUAUUUCACAUUUCUUAGUACAACACUAGGCUUUAUCAUUACCAUUCAAGCAUAACUGACAAAUGCAUCUUAGUGUUGUACUGCUGUUUGUUAGAACAUUACAAUUAUAUUUUACAAUAAA